AUUUGUGACGUCAUAUCCGUCGCGACAAGAAAACAACUCUUCAACCUAUGGACGAAGUUAAUUCGCAAACACUUGAAUUUGCUCACUCUGAGUUUAAAAGACAGAAUUAUAAACAUGCAGAAGACCUUUAUACAAAGUUCAUCUCUUCGUGCGCACAGUUCAGGGGAUGCGAAGCUAGAAAAUUGGCAAGCGCUUAUAACAACCGCGGACAAAUAAAGUACCUGCGGGUGGAUUUUAAUGAAGCAGUCGAGGACUUCACUUCCGCAAUACAGACUGACAGUCGCUUUGAAAUACCGUUCUACAACAGAGGACUCAUCCGCUACAGACUAGGUUUUUUUGACGAAGCCAAGAGCGACUUCCAACACGCAUUGACGCUCAAUCCAGAUUUUAAAGAUGCCAAAGAGAGCCUGCAACGAACACUUCUGGACCAGCAGCACAAGACAGAAAGGGGAUACUGAAAGCUUCAUAAACUACCAAGGACACGUUUUUCUAUGUCCUUAAAUCUAGCUGCUACAGAAAACAUGUGCAUUCUGUCAAUUUACUUGUAUUUAUUUGAUCAGGAUAGAAAAAUAAAGAUCGAUGAACAAAGAA